UUGUGUGGGCUUGUGUUGCUGUUGCCUUUUCGUUUUCCUGAACUUUUGCCUAACAAUUGUUAACUCAAAUUUAACUUAACUGUUCUUGCUUUUACAUAUACAGAUAUAGAUGUGUUUAUCUGCAGCGUUUGUUGAUGUAUACAUGUUUAUGUGUGAAAACUCUAAACAAGUAAACAAAUUAGCCGACUGUAAACGUUGCAGCUAGCAGCUAAAGCUAGCUGACUAGCUUUCAAUAACAACGUAAGCUGGUCACCCGUUCCUCCCAUCUCGGGAUAAUGGCGAACCCGGCAUUGUUGCAGAAAAAGAACGGAAAAUACUUGUGGUUUGCUCUUCUCGGGUUAGGACUUCGACCAGACAAACUCAACCUCACCGCUAGACGCAUCAACCUGGGACCGAAUAUGUUCGACAAACCAAACAAGGAUGCCUUCUACAUAGUAAUCCAUUUCCUGUUGGAGAAACUCAGCCCGACACGAUUUAAUGAAGCAUACAGGUACUGCUGGCCUGUGUUGAGCCACAAAGCAGAUGCAGAGUUCCGCAAAGUGACCUGCGCUUGGCUGCGAGAAAUAAUGGAGGAAUCUGCAAAUGGAGGACCCAAAGUGGUAGCAUCCUUGUUCCUCUCACCCGGAGGCUCCAAGUUUGUCAGCUUGAUGCUUCAUUUGGCCAGGCACGUCAUGCUGCAGAAAAUGAAGACAUUCACCACAGAUGAUAGCUGGGUCCCUGAGUUCGUAGCGCUGCCGGCUUCUUCCCUGGACUUGGCAGCGAAGAGGCUCAACCUGACGCAUGCCAGGUUUUUGAAAGCUGCAGUAGAUCAGGAUCGUUUCCUUCACGAGUACCAGACACGAGCACAGCUCCUGGUGAAGUCUAUGAAGGACAUCAGAGCAGAGGGUGCCAAGUAUGAUGAGCUACUCAAACGUCACAGCAGUGAUUCUACACAGGCGGGUGUUUCUAUUGCUGAAAAGACCAGAAAGGUGCGCUCCCUGUGGUCGGACAUUGAUGGAAUGCUGUCGACUACCAAAGAGGAGCAGAAUGCGGUGGCAAGUGUUUUGAAGGGGGAUGUAGAUCAAUACAUCCUGGACGGGACCGAUCAGGUCCUCAAGAUUCCUCGCAGUCUGCUGGAGAGAAUCGAACAGCUCCCUCAUCAGUUGAGUUCAGGGAAUGUGUACGAGGAGGGUCAGCUGAACCUGCUGUGUGUGUUGGAGCUGACCAACCACUCGCUGCAGCUCCUUAGAGAAGAGCGCUGUCGGGUCUCUGAGGCCCCCAAACCUCAGCUCAGUCCUGAGCAGCUGCAGGAGAAAUGUAAGCAGAUGGCCCGUGCAUUGCAGAACCUCCACCUCAUCAGACAGAGGAUAUCCAAGGAGGAAAUUCCUGAGGUCAGGAGCAGCGUCCGAGAGUUGGAGGCUGUAUGGGACAGGAAGUGGAUGGAUACUCUCAAAGACACACCCCUUGUCUCUUUUCUGAAUGAAGAUCCUGCCCUCGGCUUCCUCUCCCCAAUGGCUCCACUGUCUUUUGAACCCGCUGCUGAUGCUAGCUACAGAAGAAGUGUGUUCUCGCAGUACCCAGCAUCGCUUCCUGACAAGCCUGCAGAGAGUAAACCACAGGAAGUCCUCCUUCCAAGUGAUUGUAACCCAAAGAGCCCUCCCCCUGUACCAGCUGAGAGGCCUGACAGUCCUGUCAGCAUCCCCCCUGCAGCCCCGUCAAAAGCAAAUACCUCCCUGGACUGGCUCUUCGACACCCCCCCAUUCCCCCUCGGCGGGGUUCCAACCGUACCACCGCCUCAGGCCAGUGUAAGGAAGACUGCUCGUGUUCCUCAGAAUGUGGCUCCCAUCAGGACCAAGUCUCAGAUUUUAGACACGGAGUGUGAUAACCUCGCUGAUCAGUUUGCAGAUGCUGUAACUACAACCAGUCCUGCAGACGGCAGGGUCAAAGGUCUGGACUUAGAUGGCCUUCUCGGCACCCUUCAUGGAGAUCCUUUCUCCACCAGGAAGCAGCUGACUCGCACACCUGAGAGCCUGAUUCUGGAUGUGAAAAGCUCCUGGCGAAAGGCAAUUGAGGAGGACAAAGCGGAGAAGAUGGGGCGGAUAACAACGUUUAACGACAGCAUGAAAGGGCUGCCAACGCCCCUCCACGAGAACAGUGAAAUGCAGAGCCAGCAGGGGGUCACGCUCAAAUAUUCGCUGCUGUGGGACACCUUCGACAACGAGGCCCUGGACAGCCCGAGCGGCACGGGCAGCAGCGCGGCCCGGUUCAGCCUGUAUCAGGAAACGCUCCCAGAAAUGUCAAGCUGCGAUAGCAUGCUGAGCCUCGACGAUGAAGCGGUGGAUAUGACGAGUGAGGGCAAUGAGGAGUGGCUGAUCCCCUCCCUGAAGACUGAAGAGAAGCGAACUCCGCUCAUCACGCAUCCUCAGAUCCAGCAGGCGUAUAACGAUGACUCCUUUAUGGAACGCAUGAAGAGGACACCCGAGUGUCUUCUGACAGAUCACACAGCUUCCGGUCUGAACAGGGACUGGCUGAGGGAGCCUGUGAGUGCAGUGGAGGCCACAGGAAAGGUGUUCUCACUGGAUUUAGACACUCUGAAGACUCCUUCCCCUAAAAAAAGGAAAGAGUACAACCUCCCAAAACUGAUCACUUUCUCCCCGAUAGAUGACACCAACCACUAUUAAAAGAUUUGUAUUAACAAAAUUGUAUGUAGCUGUAAAAUAACUUUCCUCUUUUAAAAACAAUGUAUUUAUGGUAAGUAUGAGAUCUUUUAAUAAAAAUCUUUUAAUAAAAGUUAUAUAGCUCAUUUCCUCUUGUGUGUACAUAUCCAGUGUUGUUUUUAGUUUUGUUUGUGGGGGAAAAUUCACAUCUGAUUUCCAAAAUGUUUUUCCAUUAAACUGCAUGGUAACAAUGGUUUCUAACACAAUGUAUGCACACAUAUUGAAGGUAAAAUGUCAGUCAGCUUGCUCAAAGGUGUAGUGUUCUUAUUUUUAUGUUGUCUUAAGCACUUUGGGAAUGAAAUAUUUAACUGAAUAUACAUUUUAAUUUUGUUAGGUGGAAUGUCUGAACAUGAAGGUUUGAUCAUUUUAACAUGUUUCAUUAAAUAGAAUAUGGCAGCCA